AUUUAUUUACAAAAUUUAAUAUGGUUAAUUUGCAAUUACAAGGAGACAGUUUAAAUUUGAUUAAAACAAAGUCCAUCUUAUCAGCGUUUCUUGCCAGAGUUAAACUAAUGAAGCAAAAUAUUGGACGGGGCGAAUUUUCUCAGUUCCCCAAUUUGUCACAGACAAGCUGCCAGGAAGACGACGUCUCAACUUACGUUCAACAUUUAAAUGCCCUCUAUUCAGAUUUUGAAUCUAGGUUUGAGGAUAUUUUGACUAUGGUAAUACCACCGUGGAUAAUUAAUCCAUAUGGUGACAUAGAAGAAACGAAUGUCAUAAUACAAGAGGAACUGACUGAACUAAGUACAAACGAAGAACUUAAGGUUCAGUUUAAAAACGGGUAUCAGCAAUUCUGGCUGCAAAACAACAUACCCGUUACUUAUCCCGUAUUAUGGAAUAUAGCGAGGAAAUUUUUAAUUUCCUUUCCAUCGUCAUACCUAGUGAAAAGGGGGUUCAGCGCUGUUACCAAUCUCCUAAUGAAAAAAAGAAACAGACUGGACAUCAUUAGCCGAGGAGAUUUAAGAUUAACCCUUACAAAAUUGACGCCAAAUGUUGAUAAUUUAUUAUUAAAGCAUCAGGUUCAUCCUUCUCACUAAAAAUAUUGACUUAUUG